GGCCCCGCCCCGCUGGGUGAGUAGGGAAGACAGCCGCUUCUUCUUUUUUCCUCUCCGGUCCCUAAGCAGGCAAGAGCUGCGAUUUGGGAGUGUCGCGAUCUGCUUAAGACUGAGGCAGACGUGGUGACAAGCUGGUCUGCGCAGAACCAGAACCGAGCUCAGCUGGGAGCACACCCUGGAGCAACCUGGAUUCCUCUGGGGGUCCAGCAGCCGCAAGCAGCCAUGCACUGCCCAGCCGCAAUCCUGCUCAUCCUCCUGGCCAGUGGGGCUGAGGCCUUUCGCAUCUGUGCCUUCAAUGCCCAGCGGCUGACUCUGGCCAAGGUAGCCAGAGAGCAAGUGAUGGACACCUUAGUUCGGAUCCUGGCUCGCUGUGACAUCAUGGUACUGCAGGAGGUGGUGGACUCUUCUGGCAGCGCCAUCCCCCUCCUACUUCGAGAACUCAACCGAUUUGAUGGCUCCGGGCCCUACAAGUCCUUGAGCAGCCCCCUGCUGGGGCGCAGUACGUACAUGGAGAAGUAUGUGUAUGUCUAUCGGUCACAGAAGACACAGGUCCUGAAUUACUACGUGUACAACGACAAGGAUGAUCUCUUUGCCCGAGAGCCCUUUGUGGCCCAGUUCACUUUGCCCAGCAAGGUCCUUCCUAGCCUGGUGCUGGUCCCGCUGCAUACUACUCCUAAGGCCGUAGAGAAGGAGCUGAAUGCCCUAUACGACGUGUUUCUCGAUGUCUCCCAGCACUGGCAGAGCAAGGAUAUCAUCCUGCUUGGGGACUUCAAUGCUGAUUGUGGUUCACUGACAAAAAAGCGCCUGGAUGAGCUGGUACUGCGGACUGAGCCUGGCUUCCACUGGGUGAUUGCCGACGGGGAAGACACCACAGUUCGGGCCAGUACCCACUGCGCCUACGACCGCAUCGUGCUGCAUGGGGAGCACUGCCAGAGCCUGCUGCAGGCCGCUGCCGCCUUCGACUUCCCCAGGAGCUUCCAGCUCACCGAGGAGGAGGCCCUCAACAUCAGUGACCACUACCCUGUGGAGGUGGAGCUGAGCCAGGCAGUGCACAGCGUCCAGCCCCUCAGCCUGGCUACUUCUGCUGCUGCUGUCGCUGCUGCUCUGUCAUUCCUGCCCCCUCAGCUAAGCCCUGGGGCCUGAACCUCCCAGGGCCUGCUGCUACCAGAUACGAUGAUGACACUGCCUUUAAGACUCUCAAACCUUGUCCUCCCCCAUCCGUCCAGCCCUGGGGCUGAAGCAACUCCUGGGAGCCUUCAACUGCAACCCUCCUCCAUAAGACUGUAGCACUGACCCAUCUGA